AUGACGGUCACAAGUUUGGUGAUGCAAAACCGCCGCGGCCAUGCCUCCGCCAAAGGCACCCUCCAUCUUCCCAUGAUUGCUCCCAAGGAAGAGGUUCUGGAAGGCAGGUUGGACAAAAUCCCAGGUUCUUCGCCGCGCAUUCGGCUACCACCGCGAUCGCGGACGGGAUGUUGGUACGACUUGUCGGCCUUUCGGGAUGACACGCCACGAAUUAUGGGCCGCAUGGCCGACGUCAAGACCGAGGGCAAUGUGGUCUGGGACCUCUCCUCCCCGGGCUCGACCGGGAGUCGGACCGGCGGCGACUACUUCUCCUUGUCCGAGGAGCUCCCGGACUUUUCACUGUUGACCUCUGACGAGGACCGCGAGAAGAAAGCAGAGAGCUCGACCCCCGGAACCUACCAUGUGGUCAUGGUACCGGAGAGCUUCAGCUCGCUCCCAGAGUAUGCCGAAGAGACUGAUGACUCCAGAUUCACCGGUGACUUUUCACACUCUGCGACUGCGAGCCCCGUCAGAACAACCCGAAGUGAGAGCGAUGCCACGGAGGAUCCCAAUGUAGUCAUUCUGCGAACUUUUGAGGAUACGACUCGACGCUCCGUCUCAACGGGUCGUAUCUCCCGUAUCUCACCUACAUCGGAGAUCUCAGAUCCCUUCUGCUCCCUGUCGCUCUCUCCUGCGAUGGAUGCCUUUCCGUCUCCCGUGCCGGGCGAGGCUCAGGGGUCGUCUUCUUUCCGUCUAGAGCCGCAGAUGACCCAUCAGGAUCUACAGAAGCAACAGGAGUUGACGCUAUUUGCACAUUUUCGACACGUGGUCUGGAAACAACUGUUCCCCCAUGACCGUGACAUGGAUGACACUUAUGGAUUCGAUCGCAAUGGCAUGACCUUGAGUGUCGACUUCCUAGAGAGAGAGGCGGCGCGUUUUCCACCUAUGCUGACGAGUGAGAAGCUCUCCCAUGCAAUCAUGACGGUAUCGGCCCUCAGUCUCUCUCAUAGUGGUACUGGGCAGAAGGUCGACGCACUUCAAUACUACCAGCAGGCAUUCCCAUCUCUUCAGAUCAGUCUUCGCAACAACGAUGACCUGGUGUCGGAUGGACUCUUCCUCACUCACUUCCUCUUGCUGAUUUACGAGGUGGCCGCCGCCGAGCCCCACGGAUCCAACUUGUGGUCUCAUCACAUCUCUCGUCUUCUACACAUUGCGCUCCUCCGUCACGCCAAGUUCGGACGGGAGCCACAUCCAUUCAUCCUGUGGUGGAUCUGCCAUAUUGACCUCUACGCUUUGUUGAGCGGUGCCGGACAGGGAGAGUUUGUGCGCACCCUCAUGGACCACCGGAUGCUUCCAGAUUGGCAGAGUCUGCUAUACCCGUCUGGGACCGAGGGAUAUAGCGUGAUUUACUCCGACGAGCACGAUAGUCUUCCGGCUCUAAUGCGCCUCUACGCCAACAGCUUCGCUGUGACCGCCCAAAUUGGCUUUCUCGGCGCUCGCCUGCGGCGGGAAAAGCACUCUCCUGCACGCUCGGAGUUCCAUCCUCAUACCGAAGAGAUUGCUGAACUUCGACGGACCCUCGCACGACUAUGGGAGGCAUCCGAUGUGGCUUAUUGGUCUCAGCACCGGGAAAGUCUUCCGCAGCGAUCGCAAGAGAUCUUGCAGCAGUCGGCCACCUUGUACCAUCUCAGCCACUUGUUCUCCUACAGUAGCAUGUUCCCCCAUCAGCGAUUGAAAGCCGACUUUGACUCGGCCAGUGAAAUCGACCACCACGCUAGCGAAAUCCUCCGCAUCGUGGAGGAAACCACGCACAAUCGCCGUGCCGACCGUCACUUCUUGGUGUUUCCGCUCUUUCUAGCCGGUGCCACAGCAUCGGACAGUGGCCUGAAGAUGAUGGCCAUGGAGUUGAUGACCGGCAUGGAAGAUGACGAAGAUGGAAUGGGACGCAACACUGCCACUACUCGAGCGAUUCUGCAGACGAUCUAUGAGCGACAAAUGGACUCUCUGAUGCGGAUGGGUCAUACUCUCGAUGUGGACUGGUCCGAGUUUAUGACGCAGCAGGGCCUACAAAUGGUCAACUUUGGAUUCUAA